AUCGAGCAUAGCUCUUCUGUGCUUUGGCCCAUCAAUGGAGGAAAGAACGUCAUCUGUUUCAUACAUUUAGUUAGCUACCAAAUCAGUUCAGUUCUUCCCUAAACUAGUAUUUUUAUCCCACAACAGAUUAUUUUCAUAGCGCUGUCUCUUUUGUGUGCCAAAUAUGCAUAAAAAAGACCACAGUCAGUGCCAAGAAAUGUUGAAAGGGGAAUUCGUGUAAAGGCAAGUGCUAGCCUUGCUAUCUUGGUUAGCUACAAUUCUGAUCAGCUAGCUAGUUCAAGAAACCGAAUUAAAACCCAAAAUUAAUAUCCAAGUAAAGACAUAUUCAAUUGCAACCAGACGAGGGGCUAUUUGAAGCAAACUCAAUUUCUGCUAAAACGUGGUGGCCUAAGCCAUGGGGGCGUUCCUGGACAAGCCCAAGACGGAGAAGCACAAUGCCCACGGUGAGGGCAACAACCUCCGUUAUGGCCUGAGCAGCAUGCAGGGCUGGCGGGUGGAGAUGGAGGACGCUCACACCGCUAUGGUGGGUCUCCCCCAUGGCCUGGAUGACUGGUCCUUCUUCGCUGUCUACGACGGCCAUGCCGGCUCCCGCGUGGCUAACUAUGCCUCUAAACACCUGCUGGGGCACAUCAUCACCCACAGCAUGGGUUCCCCGGGCCCUGAAGGUGUCACCCCAGCCCCCACCGUGGAUGCGGUCAAGACGGGGAUCCGCACUGGUUUCCUGAACAUUGACGAGCACAUGAGGAACUUCUCAGACCUGCGUAACGGCAUGGACCGCAGCGGCUCGACGGCCGUGGCCGUACUGCUCUCGCCAGAGCACCUCUACUUCAUCAACUGUGGUGACUCACGGGCCGUGCUCUACCGCAACGCGCACGUCUGCUUCUCCACGCUUGACCACAAGCCCUGCAACCCACGGGAGAAGGAGAGGAUCCAGAACGCAGGCGGCUCGGUAAUGAUCCAGAGGGUGAAUGGUUCCCUGGCCGUGUCCCGGGCCCUGGGAGACUACGACUACAAGUGUGUGGAUGGGAGGGGUGCCACGGAGCAGCUGGUGUCCCCAGAGCCCGAGGUGUUUGAGAUUGCGAGGGCCCCAGAGGACGAGUUUGUGGUGCUGGCCUGCGACGGUAUCUGGGACGUGAUGAGCAACGAGGAGCUGUGCGAGUUUGUCAAGUCCCGUCUGGAGGUAUCCCACGACCUGGAGAAGGUCUGCAACCAGGUGCUGGACACCUGCCUGCACAAGGGAAGUCGGGAUAACAUGAGUGUUGUGUUGGUGUGUUUGCCAAACUGCCCUAAAGUGUCAGAGGAGGCGGUGAAGAAAGAUACAGAGCUGGAUAAGUUCCUGGAGUCUCGCGUGGAAGAGAUCAUAGAGAAGGCAGGAGAGGAGGGUAUUCCCGACCUGGUGACGGUCAUGAGGAACCUGUCCUCAGAAAGCAUCCCCAACCUGCCACCAGGGGGAGGCCUCGCCAGCAAACGCAGUGUUAUGGAAGCGGUGUACAAGCGGCUGAACCCACACAGGGAGGUGGACGGGCCCUCCUGUAUCAUUUGACUGGAGCAGACCUUGAGGACCCCUGGUAACUGGCCAUCAGAACUGCCUGUUCCUACAACGGGACUCCUUUAUACACAAGACAUCUUUACUCACUUUAUUCCUUUUUAUUUUUCCUACGAUACCAAGAGAUCGAUUGGACCAUAAAUGCCGAUUUUUAAAAAAAUCACACAAAAAAAUCUGUUAAAACACAGCACAAAGGAUUGCAAAACAUUUUGAUUAAAAAAGGGUGUUCAAAAAGCACUGGCACAUCUGAGCUGUCUUUGCUGCAGGUGCAUGCUAACAAUUGAAUAACAUGAGAAAAAAGAAGAACCGUUCGAGCUUUGUUGAAGGCCUUGAGGCCGAUAUGUAAAGCUCAAUAAAGAGCAGCGAUACUAGCAAGAGUAGUGUGCAGGAUUCUUCUUUUUUCUAGUGUUAAAAAAGGGGGGAAAGAAAGACUGCGAUGGUAGUAUAAACGAUGUAUACAAAAUAUAUAUACUAGACAAAUUAAGACUUGUUGUUUUGUUUUCCUUUUUAUAGCUUUUUUGUGUUUUUUCUUUUUGUGCUGAUGAAGAGACACGAGGGCCGUAGUUGGGACAUUUUGUGGCCCAUCCCUGUACAGUCUGUGGUGCCUUUUUCCCCAUCGCUGAGGAUGGAGGCGCUAGCAGCCAGCUGUUAACUGACCAGGCCCCAAGUCCCUGCUUCCAAACACAAGGGGCCCUACAGAGGACCACCACUGGGUCAGGGACUCACUGGCCUGUGGCUGCCUGGCUGGACAUUGCUACUGGGAUUUCAGAUAGACAAACCCAAAUGUGUGGACAGGAUAGGAGUGACUGGCUGCAUUCUAUGGCAUUACUUGUGUGGAAGGGUUUGGAGACUGACUGCUUUUUGCACCUUUUCCCCUCACCUUUUCUCUCCAACCAACAACAAAAAAACAACGGAGACCCAGCUAAUGUUUGCAUUGACAGACACUGCCUCAACUUCAACCAUGUCACUUCCAUAAGCUUUCUAGCCUGCUGUUGAUCAAGAAAAAUUUAAAAUAUAUAUAAAAUCCAUAUAUUUUUGAUUUAUGUAAAAAAGAAAAGAAAAAAAAAAAAACGUGUCAGAUGUGGCCUACUGUGUGUGUGUGUGUGUGUGUAAAGAUGAGGAAGUUGCUGGUCUGUAGACUUCAGGAGUAAAACAGAGAUCUUGAUUGACACGUGAGGAGAUCUACAUGUGGGCGUGUACAAACCAGCCGCCCAAAGACUGGGUUUUUGGGCUAAAGGGAUUCUAACUGCCCACCAAAGCCUCACUACUCCUUUCUCCUUGCACUUCUCUCUCUUUCUUAUUAGUUUAUCCUAUGUUCUGUCUUUCCUCACCCUCUCCUUAAAAAGCAGAAACGGACUCUUGCAACAACUUGCCUUUUUAUUAGAUUUUUAUUAGAUAAUAUUAUUAAGUGUGUUCUUUUUUUUCAUUUAGCAAUUUGACAUUUCUAGGCAAUGAUGACGUUCACCUUUUUAUUUUUCAAAUGCCGUGUUAAUAGUGUAAUAUGGUUGUUCCAUUGCGUUCUCUAAAUUUCAAUAGAAAUUGCUUGUAUGAAAAAAUGAAACCGAUUUAAAUGUGUUAAAAGGAGAAGUCAAGCAUAAUUUAGUGUGCCGGAGAGGGGUGAGGUGGCUCUCGGCCCAGGUUUCUGGCUUGGCUAUGAUCUGGUACACAAGCCUUGGUGCCAUGUGACUUAGGUACUUGAAUGUUGGGUGUGGUUCUAUUUUUUGCAAUAUUGAUUUUCAUGAGAUUAUUAAAAAAAAUACAAAAUAGUGGGGGGGUUUAAUAAUUUUUUAGCUGUGCAUGUUUUGUGUUGGAGGAAUGCGUGGUGUGGGAUAGGGGUCAGACGGGCGAGGUGGGAAUGAUGGUCCUGGUUAAUGGGUAUAUUUAAGCUAUAGUAGACACUGGGUUAAGAGGGUGUGGGGCUGCUUUGAAUGUAAUUCACCUUCACACUACACUACACAGGCUGAGAGGAGGCUACAGACGCUUUCCUCCACCUGGUUAUUUGAUGACAGAACUUACCCUGGCAUUUAGUUUUCAUUGUUUCAUUGGAAUAUAUAGGCUAUAGAGUCCCACGUGGGGUUAUAUUAAUAUGAUCUUUAUUCUCACUCAUCUUCCUCCCUAACUGGAGCAAUUUGCUGGCCCCGCCCACUAUUACUAACUGUAAUGAUUGAAAAAUGAGAAUGUUUGUGAUGUUUUGGGGGCUGGAAAUGAACUUGGUGAUUUAGUGCCCAUGUUAUUCUGGGCACUAAAUCAUUAUCCUGAUUUUCCUUUUAUCUUUUUUUGUGUAUCUACAAGUAUUGAUAUAUAGAAUGGUGAUCAUUUCCACAUUUUAUUUAUUCCUGAUUUUAGCCUUUAACAUGAGAGGUGCUGUAUUUGAGAAUGGUAUGCGGUUAUGAUGUGUGGCAGGGUUUGCCCCGCCCCCUCUGCAGGGUCACCUGAGUGAUGAGGGGUUCAGGGGUCGAUCGUGGGUGUUCACCAUACCUCCUGAUAGUUCCCAGUAUAACAUUGUGAUGUUUCAGACCAUACCGUGAGCAUAAUCUUCAAUAAAGGAUGGAUACAUUUAGAUGAAA